AACGUGUAUGUAAACGGAAGUUAUUGGUAACAAGAAACGGAUACGCGAGAGACUGUUAAGUGGCAAGCAACGCCAACGCAAAUAUCGGGUGGAGAACAAAACAAAAAAAAAAUAAGGAAUCAAGUGAAUGGUCAUGUGCGGUCUAAUUGGUGGCACGUUUUAGGAAUUAUGAGUGUUAAAUGUUAGAGUGUGCGAAUAUGAUUAUGAAAACAAACAAAAUAUUCUAAAAGCAAACAGGGUGACAAAAAGAGAAAAAUCCCUAUUUCAAAGUAAAAGGAUCUUCGGAGUUAUUUUUUUUAUAAGUUAAUGUGUUAUCUUAUCUUCCACAAUUGUUGAACAUGUCUAUAAAACAAUUCCAUGACAGAUUGGAAUAAAAUCAAUAAAAAUAUAAAAUACCCCACCCGAUAAGCCACAUACCCCCUUUUUUCAUUAAGUGGCUUAGAUUAAUAUCAUACUACACAAGUGUACGAAGACAGGACGACACGCUUGUUUGUUGAUUUAUUCGUAGUGGCCCUGCGGUGGCUGCCGACGCUAUUGCAGCACGUGUCCAAGGCAUCAAAACAAACAAUCAAUCUCUAAACAGAGUCUUCAAAGAAAAUUACAUAUAACCGCAAUGUUUUCCCUGGAAAAUUUUGAUUUAGAAGCCACCAUGGCUCGUCACUUCUUUGAGGGAUCCCAGGCCACCAAUGGUUCAUCAUCAUCAAGCUCAGAGUUUUUCUUUGGGGAUGACAAUAGCACCGAUUCCGAUGAUGAUGAUGCCUAUAGCAGUGGAUUUAACAGUGACCAGGAGAAUACCGAGAAAACCAGACGAAUACAUAAAACGCGUCGCCUAAAAUGUGCCUCUCAGGUGGCUCAACAGCGUCAAGCGGCCAAUUUAAGGGAACGCCGACGCAUGCAAUCCAUAAAUGAAGCCUUUGAGGGCCUACGUUCCCAUAUACCAACUCUGCCGUAUGAGAAACGCUUAAGUAAGGUGGACACCUUGAAAUUGGCCAUAAGUUAUAUAACAUUCUUAAGUGAAAUGGUAAAAAAGGAUAAAAACGGCAACGAACCGGGCUUGACUCUAAAGCGGAAAUAUCAAAAGGAACCACCGAAAAAGAUUAUUUUAAAGGAUCGAUCUGGCGGCAUGGCUCAUUCUUUGUCCUGGUAUCGUCGUGGCGAUCGUUAUCCUGGUAGUAAAUUAUAUGCUCGCACCUGGACCCCUGAAGAUCCCCGAUCCCAUAUAACCCAUUCGGUGGCCCAACAUUUGCAACAGCAGCAAGCUCAAGCCCCCACUACUGCCGCUCAACACUUAAAUAGUAGCAAUAACAACAACAACAAUCACCACUCUCAUCAGCGUUACAACUCACCGAAUUCCUGCAGUUCUUCUUCGGAAUCAUCCUCCUUAAACGAAUCCUCACCCACGAAUAAUGGCGGUAGUGCAGCGCGCACAUGUCACGAACUCUACAAUGAAAUGCAUCAACAAAAUGGAUUAUAAAUCUAAGGUUGGCAACUCUAUAUAAGAAAGGGGGUAAACAUAGGGAGAGUUUAAAAUUUCGACAAUAUAUUGUAGGAAAGUCAAAUUUUAACAUAACUUUGAAAAAAAUAAAAAAAAAAAUCCUAAAUUUUCUAUGGAAAAAAUUAAGAAAAAAAUGGAAGAAAUUGUAUGUGCUCUAUUAUAGUAACCUAAAAAUACAAAUUUGGUAUCCAAAUUUCGAAUGGGGUACCUAAGGGGGCCGCCCCAUCGCUAAAUCGUACCAAAUAUAUAUUUAUACCAAUCACGAUAAUAUGGGACUCAAAUGAAAGGUAUAUUAUAGUAGAACACGAAUAUGAUAUAAAUUUUCAGGGCCAUGUCACUACCACCUCCCACCCUUGGUUUUUUGGGGGUGGGGCGGUCCCAUGAACAUUAGGAAUGCCAAAAUGGCUGACUUAUAUUGACACAAAUAGGAGAAAAUGCAAACAAAGGGAAAAUUUACAUCAUCAACAAUAAGAACAGUCAAAAAUUGAAAAAAAAAAAAAAAAUGAUUUCAGAUGAUUGCUUUACAUAAUCUUAUUUGGUAAAUCCUGGGAUAAACCUUUUUCAAAGUUUCAUUUCCGAAAAUAGUUUUUAUGAAACGUUUUAAAAUUGUUAAAAUUUGAAAAAUAUACAAUUAUUUUUGUAAAAUUCUGUUAAAAAAUGUUUCUUUCCUAUAAAAUUUUGUCGAAAUUCCUGUGCUUCAUUCUACUCAAUUAUACAAUUUUAAACGGAAAACUCUCAACAACAUGUGCAAUUAAUCAAAAGAAAAAAUAAACUAUGGAAACUAGUCAUUCCUUAUGAACUAAAUAUUUGUAUACAUUUAAUUUACUAGUCAUUUAAAUUUUAAUGCAUUAUAAAAACACUAUA